UCUAUAAAUUUGAAAAUAAAAAUUGGAUCACCCCUUUAGAUUGUUAUGCUUACAACCAGUAAAACCAAGAUGGCGGAAGGACAUGCUGAUACCAGUAUCAGCAGCAGCAGAAUCUAGAAAGAUCCAAACCUGAUUCUGAAGAUGCCGAAGAGAAAAGCAAAGAGAUUACACCUUGGGGAUGCUGACCCUCCCUCAAAGAAGAAUGGAUCAGGAUCCGGACCAACAGUGUCAUCCCCUGCACCAGGAGGGGAAGCUACCACUGUUGCAGCAGAUCCCACUGACUGGGUUAACAAGCUGUCCCUGGAGGUCCUGUGUCACAUCAUGGACUACCUCUACCUGCGUAACAUCAUGGCUCUGGAGAGUCUGUCCCGCAAACUGAAGGAAGCCGUGACUAUGAACCUGCGCGUGCGCACGUCUAUAGACUUCACAGAGGGCAAGUGGUACGGAUGGAUGCCCAAUGGCUUCACUGACGAGGGCUUCAAGAGACUUGUGCAACGUUGCCCAGAGCUUGUGAGCGUCUACGGGCUCCAUCCACAAUUUGUGGUGAAACGACGGAGGCGAGGCAUUGAUUACUUCAGUGUGCCGGGCAUCAUCGAAGCCCUGCAGUCCUGUCCCAACUUGUUCGGUGUGGAAACCAGCAACCUGGACAUCCUGGAGGCCAUUGUAACGUACCUGCCCCAUGUGUACCUACUGGGGCAGUUUAAGAACCGUAACGGUUACUUCCCCAUCUGUGUCGAGAACAGAGUGAAUCUACCGGCCAGUUGUAGAGUCACUUCUCUGUACCUGACUGGAGUUGUCACACCAGACUUGCCCGCUAUUGACCUCCUGCGGCAUCUGUACCUGAAGUGGGUUAAGUUUACCAGUGCUAACCCAUUCCGUGACUUCCAGUGUCCAAAUCUACGCACCUUUGUAAUGAGGAGUUGUGCAGGACCGUCAAACGCUUUGAAGUACGUACCGCUGAUGACGGGACUGUCCGGGUCCAGGUAUCUGGAGCGGAUUGAACUGGUACGUGUCCCCUUCCUCGGAGGGUUGAUUCAACACGUGGUCGAGGACAGCUGGCGGACACGCGGGUAUCGCAACCUGACGAAGAUCGCUUUUGGAGCAUGUAAGAAUGCUCUAGAGGUGGAUCUGGGAUUCUUGGUGAUCACAGCAGCAAACCAUCUUCAAGAGUUGGACAUCCAACCAUCUUUAACCAAGGACAGUGUGUUUGCAGCCUUGAAAAUGGCAGAUGUGGACUUCCCACAGUUUGACACUUUGAAUCUGGGCUUCAUAGACGAGUUCCCUGAAGCUGGUAAGUGGACCAAUGCACAGUUAGUCCAGCAUGGACUUGCUGAUGUGACAGAAAACCCAUCAAACAUCACAGAUAACGGGAUGCGGUCUGUCGGCCAGGUGUUCCCAGGUGUCAAGUACCUGUCCAUGUACAACGCUCCUCACCUGCACAACCCACACACCUGGCAUGUACCUGCUCUGGUGACCUGGUCUCGUCUGAAGGACCUGACCAUUCGCCGCUGCCAUGCCGUCAAACUGGACAGCUUCUGUCAGCUGAUCACGCUCCUCCCCGCCAUCGAGUACAUCCACCUGGAGGAGAUGUUCCGCGAGCCGCCAAAGGGAUGCCUCCGCGUCGGGCUGAGCGCGGGAACUGGGAUCGGGGUGUCAUCUGCCCUGGUGUCCAACACAGGAACUGCAGGCGGUGGGAGCAAUAGUACCCAAGGGGCCACUGUGGGACAUAACAGCCAUGAUGAUGACUCCAGUGACUCAGACAGUGAUAUGGAGGUCAACCAAGGUGAGACAGCAUCUGAUCAACCAAGCACCAGCAGUGGUGACUCAAGGAAGGGAGGCAAGUCUCAUGGCCACUCCGUCGGCCCUAAGGGGAAAGGAUUUGCCAAGAAGGCUCCCAAGGAGGAGGCAGAAGACAUCGUCAGACCCGGCAUGACCAGCCAGUCUUGUCAGGCAACCAGCGAUGAAAUCAAGGAAGAUGUAAAGGUAGCAACUGAAGCAGAGAAGGCACAGGAGGCGGAGAAAAAACUGGCGGAACAAGGAAGCACACAAGCACCUGCUGCAGAUCCGCCAGCAUCUGAGGACGGAGGUGACUCCAGUUCAAGUUCAGAUGAAGAAGAUGAACAGGAUCAGGGUGCAAACAGGCAGGUUCAAAGUGACACACAACAACCUACUGCAAGUCAGGACAACAGUAGCCAAUCACAGGGAGAGACCUCUGUCCAAUCAGAACCUCAGCAGGAACCAUCUAACCAAUCAGGAGAGGGAUCAUCCCAGCAAACUGACCAACCAAAUGUUGUUGCACAAAAUGGACUUGACCAAUCAGAAGACAGGUUGCCACAACAAGCUUCUUGUUCCUCAAGCACCCCAAAUGAGGAUCAAGAGUCAAGAAAUCAAGAGGUCACAAUACAGCAAAAUGGUGCUGCUUCCACAAAUGGCCAGAUAAAUGGUGAAUCAGGAGAGGAAAGUGACAUUCAGCAGAAUGUUAAUUCAGACCCUGUAGCAGGUCCUUCUUCUUGUGAUGCGAAUAGCAAUGAGGGAAGAGAGUCUCCUAGGUGUGUGUGUGGCCGUAGUCUCAACAGGAGGCCACUACAGGAUGGUGCAGGACCAAGCAAUAGUACAGAAGUCAACACUGCAGGACCAAGUACAAGUCAACAAAAUGGUGAAAGUACAAACAGCAGGACUAGUACCUGUGGAAACACAAACACUGAACCUAGAGGUAGUGUUACUUGCAAUGGGAAUGUUGCAAAUGGUGAUGUUGAAGCACCUAGAACUAGUAAUGGUAAUGUGGGUGAGAAUGAAGCAAGAACUCCUGAUGAUAACAGAAAUGUUGCCCAAAGCAGUGAUGUUGCUGAUACUCCCAGUGGAUCUAACAGUACGCAAGAGCCAAGUGAUACAUCACAGGAGGAUACUACAGGAGACAAACCUACAGACAGCACAACUGCACAACCACCUGCUGAAAAGAGCCCUGCACCAGCUGCCAAACCUGCAGAGAAAGUCAUAACUGGGAGAACAAAGAAAGAACUUGAUGAGUUACGAGGAGCAGACCCCAGGUACCACCGCCCUGUCACCAGGUCCCAGAAUACACCAGGCUCCAGUGGUUCUACAGCACACCACCAGAAGACGACAGUCCUGAGGAGGGUGGGGACCAGGGACGUGGCCACCAGUACCAGCGACCCGGUCAUCGAGGAUGACUACCCUCAGGUCCUGACUGUUCAGUCGUCCACACUCGUGAGCCUGUCAUUGCACAUGGUGGGGGUGACAAACAUUGUAGUCAAGGACUGCCCCAAACUCACCUUCAUUUCAGGAACAGCCUGUAGAGUGCUGAAGAAGAUCCAGCUGGAUAAGAGUCCUCGGCUGAACCGGGUCAGUUUCCAGCAGUGUCGUAAGGUGGAUGUGAAGAAUGUUGUCCAGCAGGUGUGUUCACUUCCUGCUGAGAGGAACAGGAUGGUCACCCUCAGGCCCAUGCACAAGGUUGACCCCAGUGUGUUGGAACAGAAGCUGUUCUCAGGUUGCCAUGACUACCACCUGUGCUUGUUGUGGGACCACAGUAACCCCCCAUCUAUCGUCAACAAGACUCGAGCACACACGUGGAUGGACCUUGUCUCUAACAUCAACCAAGAACUGCUGAAGAAUGAAGACUUUAAGGAGGCAGAACCCCCACAGUCUGGGCAGUACCACUGUUACCCCUGGGGGAGGGACAUUUAUAAGGUUGAUGGACCCCUGCAUAGUGGUAGAUUUGAGAUAACCUCAGACUUCCCAUGGCUGAAGGCCCUGAUGGAGGCAGAACCCAACAAGUGGGCCAAACCACCUCCGGACAAUGUGGACACAAAGGAAGGCAUCUACUACCCCAGGGAUAAAGGUCAUCUGUCCACAGACCUGUGUCUGGAGUCCCUGCAGGACACCAUCUCAGCGUGUAAACAGAAGGGCCUGCGUCUGUUCAGGAACGUGGUUCUCAUGUACAUACAGACAUGUGAUGUGGAAGGCCAGGUGGUAGAUGACAGAUAUGUUUGAUAACAUACUAACAAAAGUCUCGUGUACAUACAUGUACAGGCCUGUGAUAUGGAUUCCAGACAGAUUUGUGUAUCUGUGUAAAGAGAAGGGAGUGCAUCUGUUCAGGAACAUUGUUUUCAUGUACAUACAGAUGUGAAAGGCCCAGUAGUACCCAACAGAUAUGUAUGAAAUCAUACAAACAAAAGGGACUGCAUCCAUACAAGAACAUUGUUCUCGUAUACAUACAUAUUGAUUCCAGACAGAUGAGUGUGUCUGUGUCAACAUGUAAACAGAAGGGAGUGAUCCCAAGCAAGGAGGUUAAACAUUGUCAGCCUCCUUAAUCCAAACAAGAACGUUGUCAUUACUAAUACAUAGAUGUACAGACCUGUGAUUUGUAUGUCAAGACUUGCAUCAAACAAUAUUGUCAGUACAAUGAUGUUACUUUGUACCCAUUUGUUGCAAUGGAGUCUUCUAAUGUCAUUUUAGAAAUUAUUACUUUAAAGAGAUUAAGUAAAACCUAUUUAUUUUGAUCAACAGAUUUUGAUUGGUCAGAAGUGACAAAAGUUUGAGAGUGUAAUGUUUCAUUUUAAGGAAGGACAUUAAUGCUGUUGUAUCCAUUGCCUAAUUAGCUUUGACCAAUCAUGUUAUGUGAAACAUUUGGUAGGAUGGAAUAGCAGUUGUUAUGUUAUGAUGUUUGUACUGAAAAAUGAUAUUGUUCAUGAUAAGGCCAUACCAAUUUAAUUGAUUGGUUCACGGAUUCGCUCGCUCCUA